AUGGCAGCUGUCGAGCUAGCGCUUGAAGAGAGAGUCAGCCUUCUCUAUCUACUGUGGAGAGCAGAGCAGCGGCGUAAAAGACGUCCUUGCCGUACCUGGGUCCAUCAGCUCCUCCAGAGGCGUGAGCAGUUUGGUGAGUUUCACCAUUUGCUCCAGGAGCUGCGCCUAGAUGACGGCCGAUUCCAGCGAUACCACCACACCAACUACAGGCGCUCAAUCCCACCUGCAGAGCGCCUGUCCAUCUGCCUGAGGUUCCUUGCCACCGGGGACUCCUUCAGGACCAUCGCAUACAGUUUCCGAGUUGGUGUGUCCACAGUGAGCCAGAUCAUCCCCCAGGUAGCGACAGCCAUCUGGGACUGUCUAGUGGACGACUUCAUGGCUGUGCCCUCAACUGCAGACUGGCGGUCCAUUGCAGAGGGAUUCCAGGAGCGCUGGAACUUCCCCCUCUGCUGUGGAGCUCUGGAUGGGAAGCACGUCCAGAUGAAGGCACCCCCCAACUCAGGAUCCAUGUUCCACAACUACAAGGGAACUUUUUCCAUUGUUCUCCUUGCGGUUGUGGAUGCAAGGUAUCGCUUCCGCAUCAUUGAUGUUGGUGGGUACGGGAGGACCAGCGACGGUGGUAUUCUGGCCAACUCCACCUUUGGUCAGGCUCUUCGGGCUGGGACUCUCCAUCUGCCACCUGACCAGCCUCUACCUGGCGGCGAACACCAUGGAGCCCAGCCCAGCUGUGCAGUGGCACGGAGACAUUGGUCAUUACAAAUGUUUAUUAGGGAGAAUAUAUAA